AUGAAUCCAGAGUACGAUUAUUUGUUCAAGUUGCUUUUGAUUGGUGAUUCUGGUGUUGGAAAGAGUUGCCUUCUUCUUCGUUUUGCUGACGACACCUACACUGAUAGUUAUAUCAGCACCAUUGGUGUUGAUUUCAAGAUCCGUACCAUUGAGUUGGAUGGAAAGACCAUAAAGUUGCAAAUUUGGGAUACUGCUGGCCAAGAACGAUUCAGAACAAUUUACUACAGAGGAGCCCACGGUAUUAUUAUUGUUUAUGACGUGACUGAUCAAGACUCAUUCUCCAAUGUCAAGCAAUGGCUCAGCGAAAUUGAUCGUUAUGCAUCCGACAAUGUGAACAAGUUGUUGGUCGGUAACAAAUGUGACCUCACCUCAAAGAAGCAAGUUGAUCGUAGCACUGCUGAGGAAUUUGCCAAGUCAUUGAACAUUCCUUUCCUUGAAACAAGUGCCAAGAACUCUACUAACGUAGAACAAGCUUUCAUGACAAUGGCAGCUGAAAUUAAGAACAGACUUGCAAGUCAACCAAUCACAACACAACCAACAAUGUCACACGGAAUUACUCCUGGAGCUCCAUCCAAGCCAGCAUCAAGUGGUGGAGGAUGUUGUGGAUAA